ACUCAGCCACAGGGGACGCCGCCACGCCGGUCUCUAUGGCAACCCCCAACAGUGGUUCGCUGAACUUUAUGGACGAUUUUAACGCAACCUACAGCUUUUUCUUUGGCGCGUCUACGCUUGAUUCAAUGAAUUUGGCUCCAGAAGUGACUGUGUCUGGUACUGGACCUCGCGCCCAUGCGGCUCCAGAUAUCGAUCCUCAUGCUUAUAGCCAAAGCCACGGAACAGGGACAAAGGGCGGGUUGCCCAGUCCUGUUAAUACUGACACUGCCAGCAAGUCAUCGAGCGAAGAAGAGGUUGGUGCCGAGGAUAGUGAUAAUAGGAACAGCACCUCCAGUGACGCUGACAGCACAGCCAGCGAUACUGUGGCCCAACGUGAGCUGGAGGAGAAUCGCCGCAAGGAGGAAGAGCGCAAAGCCGCUGAUCAGCGCAACCGCCGCCGCGAGCAGAUGAAGCAGCAGGUUGCCUUUGAGCGCAUGAAGGAGCGUCAUCGUCGACAGUUUCCCGGCCAGAUGCCUGCUGCUCCCAAUAACGCCGUCCGGCUGCAGAAGGAUAUACCAAGCUCUGUUGGAAUUCCGGCGCACACGUUCAGCCAAAAUUCACUUUAUUCUGGUGCUGCCGCCAACAGCUAUAGCCAUACUCAGGGUGGGGCGACCCAGACACAGACGAUUAAUAAGGGGCAUAUGGGGGCGCAUGGCGGCAGCGUGCCCAAUGCGGUCUAUCUUAAUCUUCAGUCCAACGUAUCCAUGCCAAAUGUUGGAUACUCUACAGAGGCGCAGAUUGCCGGUGGCAAUGUUCCCACGCAAUUCCCGCCCACCCAAAGGUCUGCCCUGCACCAUGCACAGCAGCAGCUCCCACUGCAUGUUGACCCGACUGGCGCUGCUUCUUGGGCUGUGGGUGCACAUGGUUAUCCAUACCCUGGCUAUAACUCGCUACUGCAUCCCAGCCAAAUAUCCAGAGGAAACUAUCAGUCUUUGCCAGCGCAGAGUAUUUUUGUGCAGGCGCAGGCGCAGACUCAAUUGCCAACGCAACAACAACAGCAGCAACAACAACAACAGCAGCCCGCCAUGUCAGCACAUCCCGUAAAACUUGCCAACAUUCCCAAGAGCAACCGGAAUCCAUAUCUCAGCGACUCCAGUGACGAGGACAAUGGCGAUGGCGCGAGCGACACGACUAGCCAGCAUGAUAGCGAUGAAGCUUUGAGCAUCUGCAGCUCGGACAUUUCCUACGAUCCAGCAUCCGCCCGGCUUGUUGCCACAUUCCAACCUACAGAGUCUACUGUGCUGCCAACCGCGGUUCUAAUGACAAAAAGCACGGAUGGAAGGGCCCAGAUAUAUCAUAGUGGUCCACAGCCGUUGCCGAAGCAUGCUAGCAACGCAAGUGCGCAAGCUGUAGGCAAUGAUGACUUGAGCGACACGUCUGCUGGAAGUCUCCCCUCAUCCAAGCGGCGUGUUCGGUUCCGCGAGACUGUAUCCGUGGUUAUUAACAUCAGAAACUCUAUUUCUGAAGAGGGCCUCCACCACGAUGCGUAUGACUCGGAAAGCAGUAGCAACACCACCGCCUCGAUUAUGCUCAGGUCCAGUUUGUCAAACAGCGCAAACAAAGUAUCGGCCAAGCCUGCCACUUUGGGCUCGGGUACCAGCGCUUACUCUCAGGACGAUGCGUUUGAUGAUGGCAAUGGAUUCGACCACUUGCGGUACCAAUUGCCAACCACGCUUGUCCUGUGCCCCAGCGCUGACAUGCAGUGGUGCAAUGAUGAGUUGGUAGCAGCUGCGAACAGCAAAGAGUCCAGCAAUGGAUCUAGUCAGAACGUUUUGCCCAAUGCCGCAAGGGGUUGCAGACGGAGGCUUAAGCAUCGGAUCGAAACUCAUCCUCUGCGCGACCGUGAGGCUGAGCGCGAGCAGCAGCAUCAGCAGCGCAUGGCGGGUGCAAUGGCCAAGCAGGCUCCAGGCCAGCGGCCCCACUUGAUUUACAAAAUCCCACAGCAGACCCCCUCUUCUAGAACCAAGCGUAUGCCGGCCGGCACCGACACCAAUGUAUUGCCGUCUGUCGAUCUGGUGGCCGAAGCGCGCCGCGCACUGAUGGGGCAUUACAACGUGCCAAACCCCUCAAUGCCUAUUGGGAACAACAUCCCGCGCAGCAAAAGUUCCAGCUCUUCAAUUCCCCGGCCUUCAAGUGUCAAGGUAGCUCAGCCGCCAUCACACGCCUACCAAAUGUCAACACUAAUUCCAGAGCCAAGGCAGAAGCAGAAGACCGCAUCAUCUCCAAAGUCGCGCGAAUCGCCUGUCAACAAUGCUCAGAUCGACCGGAGCACAGGCAAAGCUGCCGGAGCGCCCAGUGCCUCACAUCCUGCGCAAGUCCAGAAAUCGCCUCCAAAGCAGAAAGCUGGUCUGGAGAGCAGCUUAAAGCCUGAACUUCGCAAUAUCAUGCAGAACAUUGCGAUGGCUAGCUUCGAAGCGACUCCAGAGAAACCAACCGUUGAGAAAUUGUGUAAAUCGGUCCCUGAGACCACUGCCCACAGCGACAGCAGCGGCAGAGGCAUUGAAAUCGAUACCGACGAUAUUCCUUUGUCUAGUAUCGCUCGCUCAAAAUCAGAGCCCGUGGCAAAUCCGCCUUGCUAUUCGGACGACAGAUAUUCGACCCGCAAUAUAGUAGACGGCACCGACCUCGCGUGCAGCUACGCUUUAACCGGCUCUGUCGACGCCGCCGCUACAAGUGUGUCAAAGGGCAGCCGCUACCUGUUUGGUAGGGCCCGGACUACAGCGGACAAAAAAGUUACAGCUCGUGAUUCCUUUGGCAAUUCCAAGCUGGACGAGCAGAUGGGCGGUGUUGUGACGCGCUCGUUUUCAAUGGAUGGUGACAUUCGUAACGAAAUACAAAUACAGGCGCUGUCGACAAAUGGCAGCAUCAAGCGGCGGCUUGGCCGCUGGGGUAACUUUUUCUAACACAUAGUAACCACUGUUAAUUAUGAUGUGAUAAUAUGUUUGCAACAUAUACAUAUAAGU